GUGGAAGUGGAAAUCCCAAGCCUCCACGAAAACGUCACAUUGAAUAAACAUGAAGUGGAGAAUACAACGAUUAAGUUGGAAAUCUGGGAUCCCUCAAGCAAGUUGAUUCUGCGCUGCAAUGAUGCAACAACAGCAUACUCUCCAGCUCGGUAACUCUACAAGAAGACUUUGGUUUGUCGCAAAACAAUGCAACUGCAACAGCAAAGAAGAUGAUUUCUGACUUGAAAAAGGUUAGCCUACUGCCCAGCGACAUCCUGAGAGCUGUUGAUUCCCUCACGGCGCUUGAAAAGGAAUAUGAAAAGGAACUCGAUCGUAUGGAGAAUGGCAGGGCGCUGGCCCUGGCUAAGGAGUACAUGGCUAAUGUCAUCGAGGUGUCAGGAGAGGUGCUUGAGGAGCCGAAUCCCUGGCAGGAGCUGGCAGAGGCUGACAGUGGGCGUGCGUCAGGGAAAGUGCAGGCCAUAGUCGCGUCAGCAGCUGUCAAAGUCGCGGAACUACUCAGCAACGGAGUAGAGGAAUUCGAGACGGAAAACCUUCAUGUACGCGUAUCCAGUCGUCCUGCGAACGACUACAACGUCACGACUCGCAGAUACGACCACAUUUAUUACCCCAACACUUUCAUUGAGCUUCCUGAACUGUUCUAUCGCGGUUACGUCAAUGAGGAUAACAACGUGAGGGUCGUUUUUAUGUCAUAUACGACCUUGCACAGCGUCACCAACACUAUACCGCACGACCCUAAACAGGCUUCCCCCGACAACUUUCCAGCUAAAGGUCAGGUCAACAGCGGAAUUAUCAAUGCCAUUGUUGGACAAAAGGGACUCUGGCGCGCAGGCGACGGCGAGACAACAAAAGUGAAAUUCGGCCACGUGUACAAAGGCGAUGGGUUCCUCCUCGCCAACCCCAGCUGUGUGUGGUGGGACGAGGCAGCCUACGCCUGGAACACGAGUGGGUGCGCCCUCAAUUACACGGACGCCCACGUAACGAUCUGUCGCUGCAACCACCUGACGUCCCUCGCUCUCCUGAUGGACGUUCGUGGAUUCUUGGCGAAGGAAGGAGUGAGAGAGAACCCCGCCUACCUCGCCGGCAAAUGGCUAACCCUCCUUGGCUGCAGCGCCUCCGCCAUCUGUCUCGUCCUUUGCAUCGUCUGCAUCCUCGCCCUCAAGCAGCUGCGGGAAACCACCUGCUGGAAGACCCGUUGCCAUCUGUGCGUGAGUCUCCUGUUAGUGCAGCUGCUCGUGAUGGGCCUCGACGCCACAGAAACACGGUGGCUGUGCUUAUCCGUUGCUGUGUCGCUUCACUUCGCCAUGCUGUCGGCGUUCACGUGGGGGGCCGUCGAGUCUUUUAACAUGUAUAUGAAGUUUGGCAAGGUAUGGCGUCCGCAGAGGUCAUUGGUCAAGUUCUAUGUGGGCGUCGGAUAUGGCUUCCCCGCUGUGGUAGUUUCGACGACCCUUGCUGUCAGUAAGACUCACGGUUAUUACACUGAGACAACAUGCUGGUUGGCACCCGGGGCGAUGAUGUGGACGUUCUUUGGCAUCGUGGCACUGAUCCUCGCUAUAAACCUCCUCGCCUUCGUGAUGGUGUUGCGCUUGGUCUUAGCGCGAACGAUGAAGGCCAAGAGUCCUCAGCCAGCUGGCACUGAUAGCAAAUGGCAGACUGACCGAAUCUGGGGCACCCUUACCAUCUUCCUCGUCCUCGGCCUCACCUGGUUGACCGGGAUUCUCUACGCCGCUUUCGAAUCUACCACCCUGGCCAUCGUCUUCAUUCUGACCAACAGCUUCCAAGGCGUGUGGAUGUUCAUCUUCGGAAUCGUGUUGAACAGGAGGGUCCGUGAAGAUGCUGUGAAACUUAUGCUCAGUUGGCGAAAAGGAAGAGAUCGGAUGGAACCAUCGGUCAGAUUCACAACCUCAAACACAUUAGAUUCUCAAGUAGACACCGGGAAAUGAAAAUCCCUUUACUCAACCAUUCAUUCAUUCAAGAGGUAGAC